CUGUCACUAACUGAAAGUCUCAGAGCCACGAUGGCGACGAAGAGCCAUUUGCUGCUGUUUCUACUGAUUCUUUCCCUCACUUCACUGAGUUUGGGUCAAAUCAUGCCUGUACACCUUACAGUCCAUGGACUGAUUAAUGAAUCUGCCAUUUUACCUUCUGGAUUACUCCUGCACAAGUUCUCACAAAUCCAAUGGUUCUUCGGUGAUGAGGUCAUAGCCUAUUUAAUUAAUGGAAGGAUGAAAACAGAUCGAGUGCCACAGUUUAAGGACAGGUUAGUUCUCUACACAGAAAAUGGAUCCCUUCAGAUUGACAGGCUGCACAUGGAUGACUCUAUGACCUACAGAGCACUCACAGUUCAAGAUGGAGUCCAGCACAACUUCAGGGUGCAGCUCACAGUCUAUGAGAAGGUAAGCACCCCUAAAAUGGAGGUGCUGUCCAACGUGUCCAGCGCAGAGUUCUGCAACGUGACGGUGAAGUGCUCCACCCUGCAUGGCCUCUGGGUGGCGUCAGAGUGCAGCCGCACACAGGGCAGGUUCACAUGCCGGGAGACCCCCAGCAGAGACUCCGCCUCCUCGGAGUCCCUCCAAAUCACAGCAGCCGGAGACUCCAUCCUCUGCACCGCCAGCAACCCCGCCAGCAAGACCACCAGCAGCGUCCCGGUUAAAGAGCUGUGCCACACCCCAGCACCCGAUCCUGACGAAAAUCGAGACCCAAAUUAUCGUUCCCGGGGCUCUACUGCAGCAGUGGUCAGUUUAUAUGUAGUUGCUGUAGCUGUUGUAUUUAAGUAUGUUGUAUAUUACAAUAGCAAAAAAAUGAAACAGACUGAUGCUAGUAAUGAUCCACAGAGUCAACGAUUGGCGCCCCACUGCGAUUGGGUGAGGAACUAG